GGAACAUAAUUUUAUAUUUUUAAUAUUUAUUAGUAAUUGUUAUGAAUUUAUUGUAUAAAUAUAUAAUGUUGAUAUCAGGAAAAAAGAAGAAAAAAAAAAAGCGAUUGACUAAGAGAUAACCUUACUAUAUUUAUUUAUUAAAAAUUUAAAACUAAUCAUUGAUUUCUAAAUUAAGUAAACAAGCUUAAUUUAGAAAAGAGAAAGAGGAAAAAAGGAAAAGGAGAAGACGAAGGAGGCGCAGGAGUUGGUUGCGAACUCGAGCAAAGUAGUGUUGCCGAUCAUCGAUGGGCGGCGGCGUGAAAUCGCAAUGGCUCGCGCUCUCAAUCACUUUCGCAUUGGCUACUCUGUCUGCUUCCACCGCCAUCUCCCUUUAUUUAUGGAGGAAGAAAUCGAAGCCGGAUUGUCCAAACGACGAGAAAAUCCAUGAGCUUGAAGCCUCCUUAAAGUGCGCUCUGGACAAGUGCGCAGCUGAAAGACGAGGCCGCACUAGGGCUCAGAAGGCUUUGAGGGAGGCAUUGAGCAAGUCCAGUUAUGACAAGGUUGAAUCUACUUCAUAUCCCAUGGCACCUAUUGGAGUAGUCCGCUCGUGUUUCUCUACACGGAAUGGAACUCCAAGACAGCCUUUGCUUGUACCUCUAGCAAAAGCUUCCUUGAUGUUUGAUCCUGCUCGGGUUCCUCAAGCAUCUCUCGAAGGCCUUGAAGGGUAUUCUCACUGCUGGAUUAUCUACGUGUUUCAUCUAAAUACAGAUAUUGAAAAGCUAUGGAAGCAUCCAUCUCAGUCAAAAUUUAAAGCAAAGGUAAGAGUGCCUAGGCUGAAAGGUGAAAGAAUUGGAGUCUUUGCUACGCGUUCUCCUCAUCGCCCAUGCCCGAUUGGAUUAACUGUGGCAAAGCUUGAGGCCGUACAUCAGCACACGGUGUUACUCUCUGGAGUGGAUCUGGUUGAUGGUACCCCUGUCCUGGACAUCAAACCUUAUUUGCCAUACUGUGACAGUAUUCAUGGAGCAAUAGUUCCUGACUGGGUGAAGGUGGACAAUGUGCUAGCAAUAGCUUCUGUAAACUUCUCCAAAGGCUUUUCAUCUAGUCUUGCAGAUUGUUGGUUACUGGUGGAAAAGAAGUCGCUAUAUUCUUCUCCAGACGAAUUCCAGUCGUUGAUAAGGCAGGUGCUCUCGUGGGACAUAAGAUCAGUGUCCCAACGAAGCCAUCCGGUUAAGACAAAGGGCGGAAGAGGUGACGAUGAUGCUGAAGAUACCAUCGGUGGUGAGAGUUGGCAAGACGAGGAAGCUUGUGAGAGUGGAGGUGAGCAAAAUUCGAGCAAUGCGGUUUAUCACCUUAUAUUGGAGGGCCUCGACGUUUCAUACGCAAUCGAUUCCGAUGCUAACGUGGUCGUCGAGAAGGUUACCUUUCCAUCUCGCUUGCCAAGUGCAAGCGCUGUUGCAGAAUUCUAGCUAUUUUCACUUAGACAAAUAUAGCAGUUAGGAACAUAAUUUUGUUGUUGUUGUAAUGAGAUGGAGUCAUAGUUAUUUUUGUUCUAGUGUCAUGAAUAAUGAUUCUUUAUAUAUUAAUGCUUUUUUUUAUCAAAAAAUGAGUUAUCAAAAAAUGGGAGCUCAGAAAUAUUACUAAACAUGCAUGAUUUAUUUUUGGUAUUUUAUCAAAAAUUGUUUUUUGUGA